GCUGAUUGGUUGAUACUUGAAAGAAUUUUGACAACCAUCUGACAGCCAAUCGGUGCGUCCGAUGACUUGCGACAAAUGUGAACGAACCUUAAAACUUGUAUUUUUGUGUAUUCCUCCUGCGCCUGCGCAUUAGUGCUGCGCGAGAGUUCACGGUGAUGUGUUAGGUUAAGUGGUACGAAAGUAACAUCCGAACUUAUAAUUCGAAAUGUUUUAUUAGAAAGUUUAUAAUUUAUCGUACUUAUCGCGAAAUUGAGUUACGAGAUACACGCUAUUUGCCUAAACGUCUUGUUAACGACUAGCUUACAAACAUGGACGACAAACUUCGGCAAAUGGAGGAUGAAAUGAACAGAUUUGAAGCUGAAAUAGGAGGGCAGCUUGUAACACCAAUUGUACGACCAGUGAUUGGUGCGAAUACAUAUAGUCAAGUCGCUAGGCAAUUAGAGCAACAUGAACUUCCAACACCGGUGGUUGCAGCUGCUGCUGCAGCGACAUUGGCAUUUCCUCCGAUGAUUGGAUUUCCUCCACCACCACCACCCCCACCUCCUCCACCGCCUCCACCAAUGUUAAUUCCUCAACAAGUAGCUCGACAAGGUACAGUUCCCAUUACAACAUAUUCCUCACCUGCGCAAAUAAGUAAUCCAUAUAUAUCGAAUAUGGUUGAUCCGUGUCUAAGUGCAACACCAAAAACAUAUGAUUCUACAUCAACACCUAUGAUCCAUCCUGAAAUCAUUGAGCAGAUCAUUAAUACAAAAAUACCUGAAGAUGAAGGUAAAAAGAAACCAAAAGUAAAAGGCGUCAGCACAGCUGCUGAAUUAGCUAUUAGCCAAGGCAAAGCAAGUUCUAUUAUGGCCAAUGCUAGUGCAGAAGAGAGUCAUCCCAAGGGUAAGGGUAAAAAGAAUAAGAAGAUUAUAAGAACAGCAGGGGGCCAAACAUGGGAAGAUCCUUCUUUGAUGGAAUUUGAUGAAGAUGAUUUCAGAAUAUUUUGUGGAGAUCUAGGAAACGAUGUCACUGAUGAAAUGCUGGUGAGAGUAUUUGGAAAAUAUCCUAGUUUUCAAAAGGCAAAAGUAAUUAGGGAUAAACGGACGAAUAAAACCAAAGGUUUUGGAUUUGUGUCUUUUAAGGAUCCGCAAGAUUUCAUCAAGGCAAUGAAAGAAAUGAACGCGUUCUGGAAAAUGGAUGAGACAAACAUCGUGAAGAAACAUCCCCCCGAAAUUGUUGGCAUAGUUUUAGCGUUCGAAUUCUUUUCAAAGCGGCGUUCUCGAUGAAAGUAAAAGUCAAGA